GAUCAGAAUUUAAUUCACAGGUGAGAAAUUGGUUGGAAAAAUGUGUGUGCAGGACUUUUUGGAGGGGAUUGGGAGGAAAAUCUAUCUGCUCACAGAGCACCACAGUCACUUAAAUUCUCAUUGAACCGACACUCGCAAACCGAACAAAAAAGCUAUUUUGGCGGUUCUGCAAAACUCUUUCCCCAACUGAAACCGCAUUCAUUGCAAUUCAAAGUUCAAACCCACUCGAAAUCGCCACCAACCCUACACGCAGAACACUCACUGGGACAGAGAUAUAUGGAGGAAGAGGGAAUUGGGUUGGUACUGGCUAGAGCCACAGAGCUUCGAUUCAAAAUCAGCAAUUGCAUCCACAAGGCUACCUCUACUCCAAGCCACGGCCCUGAACAAGAAGAUGGAAACAAACAAGGAGGAGAAGGACAAGAAGAAGAAGAGGAAGAAGAAGAAGCAGAAGAGGAAGAAAUGGAAAGGCUUUUGAACAUUUCCGAUGCCCUCCAAUCCCUCGAGACUCAGCUCUCUUCCUUGCAGACUUUGCAACAACAACAACGAUAUGAAAGAGAAGUGGCCCUUGCUGAGAUUGAAAAUAGCCGUAAGAUGUUACUUGAUAAGCUCAAGGAGUACAAAGGGAAGGAUUUGGAAGUAAUACAUGAAGCUUCUGCGUUUGCUUGUGAAACAGUAGAACACAACAAUGAUCUUCAGCUUCCUCCAUAUCCAAGCCGCCCUCCAAAGAACUCCCUUCACCUAGAGAAUGGCUACCUAACACAGUACCCUUCCACAUGUAAGCCUGUACGAAAUGGAACAAUCACCAGUGAUCCAACAAAUGAAGCGAAGAAGAGUAUCAGCGAGUUAGAAAAAAGUCAAAAGCAAACUGGGACCGGGUCCCAAGGUUCUAGGAAAGGGUUGGGAUUUUUCAUUAGUGCAGCAAGCAAGACGGUGAUUACUCUUGUUGGUGUGGUAUCUGUAUUAAGCAUGUCUGGUUUUGGGCCUAAUUUUGCGAAAAAAGAAGACAUUUUCAAAGUUUUGGGCCUGUCUCGGCAACCAGCAGCUGACGAAAGGAGAUCUGGUGCUCAAUGCCCGCCUGGGAAAGUCCUAGUAGUCGAAAAUGGGGAAGCUCGGUGUCUUGUUAAAGAAAGAGUUGAAGUACCAUUCUCAUCGGUGGUUGCAAAACCGGAUGUAAACUACGGGUGUGUGACAUGUGGUUUGGAAGAUGCAAAAUGCAAGAUCCCAUAUACUUGCACAACCCAAAUCCAGAUGACCAUGAACACUUUGGAAGGAAGAGGGUUCACAGAAGAGCAAGAAGCUCUGGUGGUGAAGUCAUGGACUGCAAUGAAGCCGAAUUCUGGGGAACUGGGUCUCAAGUUCUUCUUGAAGAUAUUCGAGAUUGCUCCAUCAGCUCAGAAGCUGUUCUCAUUCUUGAAAGACUCAGAUGUUCCCGUGGAACGAAACCCAAAGCUCAAGUCCCAUGCCAAGAUUGUCUUUCUCAUGACUUGUGAAUCGGCAGUGCAACUUCGGAAAGCUGGCAAAGUUACUCUGAGAGAGUCAAGCUUGAAAAAAAUGGGCUCUGUCCACUUCGAACAUGGGGUGGUCGAUGAACACUAUGAGGUCACGAAGUUUGCGCUGCUCGAAACUAUAAAGGAAGCAGUACCCGAAAUGUGGUCUCCGGAGACGAAGAAUGCGUGGGGAGAAGCUUAUGAUCAGUUGGUUGCUGCUAUCAAAUCUGAGAUGAAGCCUUCCUCUUAAAUAAGCUUAUUAUAUAUGCGCGCGUACGUGCGAUUGAUCUCGCGAUCGAGCAUGUGUAUUGGGGACAUUGUAUGCUAUUAUAAUUUAUGGAUGUACAUCACGUACUACAAGUUCACACUUAUGCAAUGUAUAUUUACAUGUA